AUGGCGGCGGGAGAUGAUACCACACCGACCGAAACACCGACCGUCACCGUUGCUCAGCUGGAGGCUCUCACAGCUCAGAUGAAGCAGAACGAAGAACGACUUGCGCAAAUCCAGGCGGAGAACGCAACCCUACGAGCAGAAAACGCGAGCAACCUAGGAGCAGGAGCUACCGACGCUGCGCAAGGUAACCAAACAUUGGUUCCACCCCUUGCACCAACGAUGGAACAUCAAUCUGAAGACUCACAUACUAUGUUCUCAAAGCGAUUGGAGGCUAUGGAGCUCUUGCUCGCGCGACUUCCAGGAGUAGCUCCUCCAAUCACCAAAAGUGCUCCUAAUUGCUAUGCAGACACUCCCUUCACGGAUGCCAUCGCGUUGGUUGAGAUGCCAAAGAAGUUCAUCGUCCCUUCAAUGAAGAUGUACGACGGGACGACCGACCCUGAUAACCAUAUAGCCAGUACAAGCAACGCAUGUUUACAACGGCAAUAG